UGCCUCACUUCAAUCCCAUACAACGAAGGUGAUCUGUAUAAAAGCAAAAAACUCACGGCACACACCCCUAGAGAACACACGCCCACUCCAUCUCUUCUCUUCGCCAUUUCUCCAUCGUCACCUAACAAAUCCUUAUCUCAAUCAUUAUUGUUUGAAUGUGAUUACAAUUCCCAAUCACAGUUAUGUAUGUAACCACCGCACUUCUCAGGAGAACCGCCUCCAAUUCUUCCAAUACUAGUACCACUGGCAAAAGGCUCCUUUCUUCUCUAUCCAAAAAACCCGUUUCUAAUUCUGCUUCUAGUUCGAUUUCUGGUAAUUUCAAUCAAACCCCUCAACGAUCUUUGAGUUUUUAUUCGGCUUUGAGGUCUGCGCAGCGGUGGAGUCACGGUGUGGAUUGGAAGUCACCGGCGAGUCUCGGAGCUCAGAUCAGGAUUGCUUCUUCUACUGCUUCCCUUUUCCAGCGAAACAUUGCUACGAUGGCAUCUGAAAAUGCUUUCAACAGAAUUCUUACCAGUCUUCCCAAGCCAAGCGGUGGUGAAUUUGGCAAGUUUUAUUGCCUGCCUGCUCUCAAUGAUCCGAGGAUUGAUAAGCUGCCAUAUUCUAUUAGAAUCCUUCUGGAGUCAGCAAUUCGUAAUUGUGAUGGCUUUCAAGUGAAAAAGGAAGAUGUGGAGAAGAUAAUUGAUUGGGAAAAUUCUUCCCCUAAGCAAGUCGAAAUUCCUUUCAAGCCUGCUCGUGUCUUAUUGCAGGACUUCACUGGUGUACCAGCGGUGGUUGACCUUGCUUGUAUGCGGGAUGCCAUGAACAAGCUUGGGAGUGAUUCCAAUAAGAUCAAUCCAUUGGUUCCUGUAGAUCUGGUCAUUGACCACUCAGUUCAAGUCGAUGUUGCUGGAUCAGAAAAUGCUGUCAAAGCAAAUAUGGAGCUUGAGUUCCAGAGGAACAAGGAGAGAUUUGCUUUUCUUAAGUGGGGAUCUAAUGCUUUUCACAAUAUGCUUGUUGUUCCUCCAGGAUCUGGUAUAGUGCAUCAGGUCAAUCUUGAAUAUCUUGGACGAGUUGUUUUCAACACUGGUGGUAUGCUCUACCCAGACAGUGUAGUUGGAACAGAUUCCCAUACGACCAUGAUUGAUGGGUUAGGAGUUGCUGGUUGGGGAGUUGGAGGAAUCGAAGCCGAGGCAGCAAUGCUUGGUCAGGUAUUUAUUUUAUGCAGAACAGGGUUUUCACCAAUAUGCAACUAUCAGAGAUAUAAAUCUGCUGGAGUGGACACUAUUGUCUUAGCUGGAGCUGAGUACGGAAGUGGAAGCUCACGAGAUUGGGCUGCGAAAGGCCCAAUGUUGUUGGGAGUCAAAGCGGUGAUUGCUAAAAGCUUUGAAAGGAUCCAUCGCAGUAAUCUUGUUGGAAUGGGCAUUGUUCCACUAUGUUUCAAGUCUGGUGAGGAUGCAGACACGAUAGGAUUGACAGGUCAUGAGCGUUUUACAAUUGAUCUUCCGAGCAAUAUUAAUGAGAUCCGACCAGGUCAAGACGUUACUGUCCAGACUGACACUGGGAAAUCUUUUACAUGCACUGUCCGUUUCGAUACUGAGGUGGAGUUGGCCUAUUUCAAUCAUGGAGGCAUACUUCCAUAUGUUAUUCGACAAUUGACUAAUCAAUAAGGAUUCAUAUUUCUUAGUUGCCAGUCGUUGGUGAGUUUCCUCAAUUGUAAUUGUGAAGAGAAUAAAAGUUGCAUUUCUUGUAUCCUUCUACACGGCGGAGAUUAUCAUUAUUAUUGCUUAGUUGAACAAGGCAAGUAAUUUUGGUUUGCCUACACAUGGAAGUGUAUCGUUCUUGGUAAUAAAAUUGUUGCCUCUAUGGAGGCUAAUUUAUUAGUUAUUGGAUGAUCUGCUCUAUCAUGGAAAUUGUCGUCAAAGUGACUUCUGAUAAUUUUGUAGUUCGAAUUUUAUAAUUAGUAGUGUUGGGAAAUUA